AGAGAGCAAGAGUGAGGAGAGAGUGAGAGAGAGAGGGAGGAGAGAGAGAGGGAGGAGAGAGAGAGGCUUUCCCAGAGCAGAGAAGCAGGAGGUGAGAGGGACGAUGAUGGAAGCCAGCUUUGACACUGAGGAGAGUUUUGACGAUCCUUCCUGUCUCGCCCCUCAGCCGCCCGGCUCCGUGUCGCCGGCCAGGAGGCAGAUCAGGGAGGUCAAAGAGACCAAGAUCACGAUUAACUGCGUGACCUUCCCUCUGCCCGGAGAAGGUCCGGAGCAGCAGCUCCUUAAGCCCAACGAAUGGAGCUACUGCGACUUCUUCUGGACCGACAAGAAGGACCCCCAGGGCACCGCCUCGGUGGCGGGCUUCGAGGUCCUGCUGCAGAAGCAGCUGAAGGGCAAACAGAUGCAGAAGGAGAUGUCCGAGUUCAUCCACGAGAGGAUAAAGAUUGAAGAGGAAUAUGCCAAGAACCUCUCCAAGUUGUCUGUGAGCCCGCUGGCAGCGCAGGAGGAAGGGACUCUCGGCGAAGCCUGGACUCAGCUGAAGAAGAGUCUCCACGACGAGGCCGAAGUGCACAUGAAGUUCUCCAACAAGCUCCACUCCGAGGUAGAAAAACCUUUGCUGACCUUCCGGGGCGACAACUUCAAGAAGGACCUGAAGAAGUACGACCAUCACAUCGCCGACCUCAGGAAGCAGCUGGCGAGCCGCUACGCCGGCGUGGAGAAGGCCCGUAAAGCCCUGGCGGACCGGCAGAAGGAUCUGGAGGUGAAGACGCAGCAGUUGGAGAUCAAACUCAGCAACAAGACGGAGGAGGACAUCAAGAAGGCGCGGCGGAAAUCCACACAAGCAGGAGACGACCUGAUGCGCUGCGUGGAUCUGUACAACCAGACGCAGUGCAAGUGGUUUGAAGAGAUGGUGACCACCAGCAUGGAGCUGGAGAAACUGGAGGUGGAGCGAAUCGAGUGGAUUCAGCAGCACUUACGUCAGUACACGACCCUGCGGCACGAGACGGACAUGUUCAACCAGAGCAUGGUGGAGCCGGUCGACCAGCUGCUGCAGAACGUGGAUCCGGCCAAAGACCGGGAGCUGUGGGUGAAGGAGAACAACACGGGCGAGGUCCGACCCGUGGACAUGAGCAUAUGAGAGCGCCCUGACCUGGGACCAGCCGCUCCGUCUCCAGGGUUACAACACGCACAGCCGCUGAUGCCCCCGAUUCGGGGGGCAGUGCAUGUCCAGACCCCCCCCCCCCCUCCCUCAAAGGGAACGUGCCAGUGGAUCAGUCCCAGCAUGCUCCUUCUAAAUUAACCCAUCGUAAUCAACAUUAGCUCAUUGAAUGCCAUCCGACAUAUUCAGCUGUUUACAUGUUGUAAAGUCGACAUUAUUAGAAAAUGUAUUUUGGAUGGUUUAGUUUAGCUUCAAUCUAUACUUCUCACACAAAAAAACAAAACAAAAAAAAGUCUCAUUAUUUAUAUUACCCUUUAUUUUAGAUACGGAUAACAAGAUCUUAGACUGAAUAUGAUAUAUUUUCAUAUUUUUCCGGAUCACUUUGUUGGUGGAAAUGCAUGUUUUGAGAAGCUCUCUCUCUCUCUGUGUCCGGAGGGCUGCACAGCGUGGCGGAGCCACGGUGCUUGUUCUGUGGUGUAGUUGGUUUCAGGUCGUCUGGAGUGUGGUGGAUGAGAUUCAGGCCGGGGGUCGACGGUGGAGCAGUCCGGAGGAAGGAAAGGUGGUGCAAAGUUCCACUGAAACACCUUUUAGUGCCUAGCGUUGAAUGCCUGGAAUGUCCUUGACGUACUGCAUCAGUGUUCAGACGAGGUGUCGCUGGUUUUAUUCUUUUUGUUUGGGGGGGGGGGAUAAAAUAUACAGAGAACAUGACUCAGCCCAGUUUGCCCCAAAUAGAAAGAUAAAAAAAAAAAAAAAGUUUUAUCAGAGACUGCAUGACCAGUGUGCGUUUACACGUGUGUGUGUGUGUGCGUUUACAUUUUUACCGUGGUCGUCCCGCUCUG